UUGCAUCAGCCUCAGGCUACUACUAGUAGAUCAGUUUAUCAAGGCUACAAUAAUGGUGGGCUAUCUUUCUGAGCUCAAGGUGAUGGAAAAGGCUCGUUCUUUCUUUGCUGCCCAUCCUAAGGUAACUUGGACCAUACUGGGAACUUUCUUUGCUUUCUUAGCAGUGGUGGGUCAGGUUGGAGAGAAUGUGAGCCUUCCUCUGUGGGCAGAUGCAGCCUCGUCCAAUUGCUCUUAUUACAAAAACAACACAGAAGAAUCCGACGUACAAAUGGAGAACUUUUUCAUUCUCAGCUUUGCCUCAAUGGCAUUUGUCAUAGUGUUUGGAAUCUGCACUCUAGUAGUAGCAGCAUUUGAUUUCAAGACAAUAAAAGAGAACCUCAAAUUCCCCCAGUGGCAGCUGGUGUUAAUUGGUGUCUGUGAUGCCCUCAAUGGUAUCCUGGUUGUCUUUUCUGCUUCACCCAGGCGCACUGCCCCAUUCUUGCAAGCUAUACUUGGCAAUAUUGUCAUCCCUUUAACAAUAGUUCUCCGGUUUCUUAUAUUGCGGAAAAAGCCGACUCUUAUUAAACUUUCAGCUGCUGGGAUAGUUUGUGUUGGUCUCAUAAUGUCCCUCAUUCCUGUCAUAGGCAAUAUGGAUAAAGACAGUGACUCCGGACUCUGGCAGGACCAGCCUACUGCUGGUAGGAUUCUCUGGCCAUUAUGCUUCAUGAUAGGAUUUUUCCCAGCUACAGUAAUGAAUGUAGUUGAGGAAAUGAGUUUAAAGGACACAAGAAAAGUCAAUCUGUUCUACCUCCUGUUCUGGACGUCUUUGUAUCAAGUCAUUACCAUUUGGUUAUUCUUCUGGGUUGAUAUACUCCCUUCCUUUGGAUAUGCAGAUAACAUUCACCAAUUUGGAGAGAACUAUAAGUUUGCCCUUGCUUGCUUCUUUGGUGGUGACACCUGUGAUGCUAUUCCCGGUAUUCGUGGUACUUCAUUCAUUGUGAUGUAUAUCUUGGCUUAUAUUGGGAGUGGGCUCUUACUACGCUAUGCUGAAGGGGCAACAUACUUGGCUAUUGUCCAAGCAUUGGUAACACCAUUGGGAGCUCUUUUCUGGAGUCUUUUUGAUACUGACGACUGUGGAGGGUUCUUUUGGAGUCCUCACGCUAAUAAUCUGACCUACUUCAGUAUCGCAGGAAUUGUACUGAUAGUUCCAGCUAUUCUACUGUACAACACUGAGAAAGAGACCAUUAAAAAGUGGUUGAGGAAAGUUCACAUACCAGUACCGUAUGAUACUGAAAUUGCUGAAGAGAAAACACCAUUGCUGAACUAACUAUACUCAAGAGAAUUAUGAUGCCAAUAAUUUUUUGCUACAUUUUUUUGAAUUAGCUACUUUGUGUCAAUUUGGUUUUUUGAUUACACGUUAAAUUUUAAUUUUUGAA